UGCAAAACUGAAUUUGGGUCUGUACCUGACGUUUUUCCCCCCCAUUAUUGUAGCUAUAAUUAAAACAGCUCUUCCCAACAUGGACAGAGAAGCCAAAGAAGAAUACUUUGUGGUCAUCCAAGCAAAGGACAUGGGAGGACAUAUGGGUGGACUCUCUGGAACUACAACAGUGACAAUUACACUCACUGAUGUUAAUGACAAUCCUCCUAAGUUUGCACAGAGUCUGUAUCACUUCUCAGUAAUGGAAGAUGUUGCUCUUGGUGAACCAGUAGGAAGGGUGAAAGCAAAUGACCUGGAUAUUGGAGAAAAUGCUAAAUCAUCCUAUGAUAUUAUUGAAGGAGAUGGAAUGGAUAUAUUUGAAAUUACUACAGAUGCCCAAACUCAGGACGGCAUUAUUAGAGUGAGAAAGCCACUGGACUUUGAGACCAAAAAAUCCUAUACUCUGAAGGUAGAAGCAGCCAACGUUCAUAUUGAUCCUCGCUUCAUCAGUGGAGGACCAUUCAAGGAUACAGCAACAGUAAAAAUUGUAGUAGAGGAUGCUGAUGAGCCACCAGUCUUUUCAUCACCUACUUACCUACUGGAAGUGCAUGAAAAUGCUGCUGUCAACUCUGUGAUUGGUCAGGUGACUGCCCAUGACCCUGACGUGUCUUCCAGUCCUAUAAGGUUUUCCAUUGAUCGGCAUACUGACCUUGAGAGACAGUUCAACAUUAAUGCAGAAGAUGGGAAAAUAACUCUGGCAACACCACUGGACAGAGAAACAAAUACGUGGCACAACAUAACUAUUGUAGCUACUGAAACUAGGAACCACAGUCAAGUGUCCCGGGUGCCUGUUGCUAUCAAAGUUCUUGACGUAAAUGACAACGCUCCUGAGUUUGCCUCAGAGCAUGAAGCCUUUUUAUGUGAGAAUGGGAAGCCUGGACAAGUGAUUCAGAUUGUCAGUGCUGUUGACAAAGAUGAUCCUAAAAACGGGCAUUAUUUCCUCUACAGUCUUCUUCCUGAAAUGGUCAACAAUCCAAAUUUCACCAUCAAGAAAAAUGAAGGUAAAUAUAAAACGUAUAUGAUGUGUAUCUGAACAACUUAGUUUUGAAUUGUUUUGUUGACUUCCAGUUACUUUACCAGUUUGUCCCUUGGGCAAUUACAAUGUGGAUAAUCUGUUUAAUGAUACCUUCAUUAUAUCUCUAAAGCUAUUUCCAAUAUCUUUACAGUAGAUAAGAAGAAAGUAAAAUGAAUACUGAAUUUAGAUCCAGAAGACAGCUCACUGGUUUAAAUAAAAUUAAAGGAUGGAUUUACUGCCUGUUUUAUUUCUAUUAAUUUGAAAUUCCAGAGGUAUGCUGUAAGUUGAAAAUCUGAAACUAUGUUGAUAAAUAAAUGUUGAUCCUACCUUGACUGGAUAUAUAUGGGAGCAUAAAAUUAAGUAUUUACUAAAUCCCUCAAAGGAAACACCUUUUAAGCCUGUUUGCUGUGUGUAUAAAAGUUCCAAAGUAUUUCAGUUAAGCACUUUUACUAGAAAGAGAAAUCUGCUAGGUCAGCAAAGCCCAGAAGGGCACUUUGUAUCAUGAAGCUUUAGAGAACUUCUGGAAGGGCAUAAUGUCAUUUGGUAGUACUAUAGAAGUGGAAUUUCAUGC